AUGCUUAACAGCUUCAAUCCCAUUCAAAUAACAUCCUGGCGUGCUAAUGUGGACAUGCAGUACAUUGUAUCAAAGAACAGGGUUGUUCAGUACUGCACCAUGUAUGUCACCAAAAGUGAGACUAGGUCUCAGUCUUUGAGGGAUACUUUUACCAACAUUGCUUGUUCUUUGAAAGAAGGUAAUCCAUCACUCAAAGCUGUCCAGAAGCUCCUCAUCAACAGCUUUGGAGAGAGGGACUUUUUAGCACAAGAAACCUGUCACCUCCUAUUACAACUCCCCUUGUACAAAGCAUCAAGGAGUUUCAUCAACCUCAGUCUUAAUGGCUCUAGAGAAGUUCAAAACAAUACAGAAGAGGGAGAGAGGGUGACAGCUCAUUCUGUGUUGAAUCACUAUACAUCACAUCCAACCACUUCACAGUUCAACUCAAUCACUCUAUUGGAUUUCAUUUGUCAGUACACAGUACCGAAGGAGUUUGGUAAUGAACCAAAGAUGAGGAGUAAAGAAGUGAUAGUCACUCCCAAAUCAUAUUGUUCGCCAGGUCCCAACUAUGAACAGUACUGCUGUUAG